UGGCACGCUGGAAUAUAUUUAGUCGUUGAGAUGUGUUUCCUAUACAGAGACAGCACACAGCAGUCGGUCGUUCAUCGUUGUUGAAACAACUCGUGCCCGUGCUAUAUACGAUAAAUCAUUGACUGAUAUGAGUGAAGUAACGGUUUAUUAGAGGAAAAUAGUAAAAUACGUUCUUAAAGAAUCAAAGUAAUAAUAAUUACAAUACAACAUCAUUGAAUUUGUUGGAUUUCAAGAUGAAGACAUUAGUAUUUCUACUACCAUUAUUAUACCUAGUCAGCGCCCGAAAUCUACAUGACUUAAGCGAGGAUCAAGACGUCGAAGGCACUGAUGAACACGAUUUAUUAAAGAACAUUAAAGACUCGUCAAGUAAUCUAAUGAGACAUCGACGAAAAUCGAGACAAUCAUUUUAUGGAAACUCUCCUUAUUAUUACGAUAAUACGGUACGAGACUACCUUCACAAUCAGGAUGAAAUGCUUAAUCGUAUAGUUAGGUUACUAGAUGAACUUUCCAUUUAUGUAAGAAGGCCUCCAGCACCUCCACCACAGCCACAAAUAAUUUACAUUCCAUACCCAGUGCCCUACCCUGUGCCACAAUACCGAAAAUGUCUUCAAACACCGCCUAAAGUAAAUUUUACUGAUAGAUUACCAGACCUUGAAGAUCCUAACAUGAAUUGGGGUCUAGUGCCUGUUGAGGUGGAAGAUGAUGAUGACGAUAAUGACGGCUCUAGACCGGUUUCAUUCGAUCCAGUUAAAACAGACGAACCGGUGCCGGCUCCGCCGCCAGUUGAACACGGGAGCCAGCAAGCUGGGUGCAAAAAGGCUUCUUGCAAGAGAAUGAGGAUAAAAAGGACUAGAAUACAAUCAAGAUUCACAUAAAAUGUUGUGAAAAGGAAAUUAAAAAAUACUCAAUUUCUCAAAGUUGUUAAAAAUUUAUAAAAUAAACAACUGUCUCAAAUCA